ACCGGAUGUGUAAACUCAGUCUCGCGAAGGUAACGGUGAGCGACUAGCGGCCCGUGCGUUUCUCUCACGUUAUCGGCUGUUUGCGACGGUUUAACCACGCGCCCCGUUGCCUUCCGGCGCACGGUCUCUCUCUCGCGAGCUCGGCGGAAGUGGCCGCGGAGCGAAGCAAAUGGCGUCGCCGCUGGAGAUGACGGAGAUGUACGACAACGCGCUGCUGGGCGUCCUGCAGCAUGUCGGCAACGUCCAGGACUUCCUCCACGUCUACUUCGGGUUCCUGUACCGUAAGACGGACUUCUUUCGCCUGCUGUCGGGCCCCAGCGACCGCAUGGGCUUCCCUCCCGGUGUCGCCGAGAAGAUGGUGUUAAAGACGUUCAGGACUUUUGAUCGGAAGGCCGAGCAGGACAGAGAGAGGCAGCUCAGAGAGCCGCAGCCGAGGGGCCCGGCUAGAAGCGGGCCCCCCGCAGUGCCAGAGCCGGAAGUCGCGUCACAGCCGAAGGACAACGCCUCAGAAGAGGACGCAGCAGCCCCUCGGACAGAAGCGGCUCCCUCAGCCGCCACGGAGCCUCCCUCCUCUGCGAGCCCGAGUAUAGCCACAACUCCGCGGCAGGCCCACGGCAGCGGCAGUCCUACCCAGGGGCCCCGGCGAGACCAAGCAGCUGGAGUCAGCACAGACACGGGAGAACCGUGUCAGGAGCAGUUCCAGUCUAACCCAGAUAGUUACAAUGGAGCUGUGAGAGAAAACUACAGCUGGUCUCAAGACUACUCUGACAUAGAAGUGCGUGUAUUUGUUCCUAAAACAGUCGUCAAGGGCCGACAGGUGUCCGUUUGCCUGCAGAGCAGCAACGUGUGUGUGUGUCUGAGGGAGGGAGGGGAGGAAAAGGUCCUGAUGAAGGGAGAACUCGCACACAAGAUAAACACUGAAAACUCUCUGUGGAGCCUCGAACCCGGACACUGCGUUGUUCUGUCACUUAGCAAGUGCGGGGAGGUGUGGUGGAAUGCCAUACUGAAAGGAGAAAAAGAGAUCGACAUCAACCAGAUCAACCGCGAGCGCUCCAUGGCAACUGUCGAUGAUGCGGAGCACGCCGUUCUGGACAGACUCACCUUCGACUACCAUCAGAAGCUGCAGGGCAAACCACAGAGCCAUGAGAUGAUGGUGCAUGAGAUGCUGAAGAAGGGAUGGGAUGCGGAAGGUUCGCCAUUUAAAGGACAGCAGUUUGACCCUUCCAUGUUUGACAUCCCACCCAGUGCUGUGCAGUUUUAAGGUGUACAGACUGGUUUUGAGGUUUCACUCAGUCGUAGUAGUUGUAGACCAGUCGUUCGUCUGUGGUUGUAGCGCUGUGCAUUAAUAAAGCAGUGGCAAUGCAUCUACAGCAGUUUUGUUUUGUUUUAUCGGGCCACACCAGUGCCAAACCGGCAUGCUUGGUAUGCGUGCAGACCGUAGCUGUGUGCACAGCGUAUGUCAUCUAACACGGCACUUCAACACUACGCAUGCUGCCAGUUUUAAAGCCGACUAGCCUACAAAAUCACAUCACCGCAACGAAACGUAACAAAUAUGGCAAAGUUGUACAAGCGCUCCAUUCCUGCUGUCUGUAGACCAGCAUCGGACAGGGGGGUGCAACAGCUGCAUCACUGCAUGUUUCAUGGAGCCUUGCUGGAGGACAUGUCAGCAGAACACAACGAUCUUCUGCCACAUCAUGUUGUUAACAAGCUGGCCGAGCAAAGGCCGUGAGUUGGAGAGGGUGUGCGGCCUGCGCCACGAGCUUGUGUCAUUUCUAUCCAGCCUGCGGAGCCAAAAAGCCCAAGAACAUCAGAGGUUUUUCAGUGACAAUAAGGUGAUGGCAUAUGUUAUUUUUUUGCGUGACAUCAUGUCUCAUCUAAAUCCCCUUAAUUACGAGGCAAGAACCACACUGUUGCAGACAUGUACGAGGCGGCUGAAGCUCUCCGGUCAAAGCUGAACCUUUUGCAGAGGAGUGUUCACAAGAGAAAGCUGCACUUCCCACGUCUGCAGGAGCAUUGUGAGAAGAAGGAAAUGCGGGAGGAUCCGGCGAUGAAGGACUUCACGACGAGCCUGGCAGAAAACUCCAAGGAACGAUUUGAAAGCUCUCCUAAACUCUCAGGUGACAUCCUCCUCUUCCUGAGACAGCCGUUGUCCGUUUUGGCUGACGGCCGGUGGACUGCAGAGGCCAGAAGGCUGGUGGUGCCUUCCAUAGAUGAGGCAACUCUUCAGAUGGAGGUCUUGGAGAUGGGAACAUCUGAUUUGCUCAACGCACAACACAAGGACGUUGGGGUGAGUGACUUUUGGAUCAACAUGGUUCCCCCAAGCUCGAUUCAAAAACAUGAGAGCUGUUGCAGUGCUCCUACUCACAAUGUUCCCCUCCACGAGUCAUCGUUUUCUUCAACGCACUGGAUCAAGAACCAGGACAGAAACAGACUCCCCGGUCCACAUCUUGGCCAGUGCCUCAGGCUUGCCACAACAGAAUACAAGCCUGACAUGAGAAGGACUGUCUCACCCUGUCACUCUCACUUCUCUCACUGACUGCUGGAUGAACAUCCAUUCGUUGUUGUCCAUGUGUCCAUAAUUAAAUGCUUGUUUGGACUUAUUUUGUUUCAA